AUGACGGAAUGGACCUUGCUCAAACGUCUCCUGGACGCCGUACACCAGCACUCCACCAUGAUCGGCAGGCUGUGGCUCACCGUCAUGGUCAUCUUUCGGCUGCUUGUUGUCGCCGUGGCGACGGAGGACGUGUACACCGACGAGCAGGAGAUGUUUGUGUGCAACACGCUGCAGCCGGGAUGCUCCACCGUCUGCUACGAUGCAUUCGCGCCCAUCUCGCAACCUCGCUUCUGGGUGUUCCACAUCAUCAGCGUGUCCACGCCGUCGCUGUGUUUCAUCAUCUACACGUGGCACAACCUUUCCAAGCGUCCCCCGAAGACGAGCCAGACUCAGGAGCCGGAGAAAGAAGACUUCGCACGGGAGGCGUACGGUCGGAGCUGUGACUCGGACAGCUGCUCCAUCAGCUCGCAUAAGCAUCUCGGGAGCAGCCUGGCAGACGCCCUGAAAGGCGGUACCGCCGGCGGUGACCCCAAAGGCAUGGCGUCAUUUAUCCAGGCACGGGUUUGCACCCAUAAAGACGGGCAUAGCGAAGGGCACUCCUUCUCCGGAGGGGUCCUGUCCAAAUGUUACAUCUUACAUGUGUGCUUGCGUGCGCUCCUGGAAGUGGGAUUUGUGGUGGCCCAGUGGAAGCUUUUCGGUUUUCAGGUGCCGGUCCAUUUCCUGUGUUCCGCCCCCCCCUGCAGCCAGCCGGUCGACUGCUACGUUUCCAGGCCCACCGAGAAGACCAUCUUCCUGCUCUUUAUGUACUGCGUGGGAGUCUUCUGUGUUCUUCUCAACCUGCUGGAACUCAACCACCUGGGCUGGAAGAAGAUCCGUCAGGCGGUGAAGAUGCGAGACGGUGCCUCAUGGGGGCACCGCCCGGGAAAGAGAUGCGGGUACGAAACCUUUCCAGCAGACACCCCCUCAAUCACAUCUUCUCUGGGCUUCAGGGAUGUGACGAGUACUACUUCACUGCCAACUUUGGACCUGGUGAUGGGACACCAGCCCGACUGGAACUGUGAUGUGGACUUCAGCAGGGUGACGGACGGUGAGGCGGUCAGAGAGUUGCAGCCGAAGAAGCAUAAAGAAGAAAGAAAGGAGGAGAAAAGACCCUCAAAGCUGAGGAGUGCUGAUGAGGUUUGGAUAUAA